AAAGACUAGUCAAAUUCAAAGGAAUGCUCUUGCCUACCUUUGAUCUGUAUAUAUUUCUGUCAUUGGAUUCUGAAUUUCAUUGAACAAGCUGAGCUUUAUUCAUCUUCUCAGAAACUUAUGGCUUCUACGUUUCUACUGCUCGGAUUCUUGUUGAUAUCAAGCAUUGGAUUAACAGGUGCACAGUCCAUCGGUGUUUGCAAUGGACGCAACGGAAACAACUUACCGUCUCCAGCAGAAGUUGUGAGUCUCUAUCAAUCAAACAACAUUCGAAGAAUGAGAAUCUACGAUCCACAUCCGGAGACUCUCCAGGCUCUGAGGGGAUCGAACAUCGAACUCAUUCUCGGAGUCCCUAAUGACGACCUUCAAUCUCUCACAGCUGCCUCAGCUGCAACAACUUGGGUCCAAAACAACAUUGUAGCCUACUCAUCCAAUGUCAGAUUCAAGUACAUCGCCGUUGGCAAUGAAGUGCCACCGACCGAUGCCAAGGCUGGUUUCAUCUUACCAGUAAUGCAGAACAUUCAGAAUGCACUUGUGGCAGCAAAUUUACAGAACCAAAUCAAGGUUUCAACAGCAAUCGACACAACUUUGAUUAUCAAUUCCUCCCCUCCAUCGAAUGGCGUAUUCACCGACAGUGCUAGUUCAUUUCUACGCCCGAUUCUGGACUUCUUAAAAGCCAAUGGAGCACCACUUCUUGCUAACAUAUACCCUUAUUUCAGCUACACUGGAAACACAGCACAGAUUGAACUUGCCUACGCCUUAUUCACUUCACCGGGAGUCGUGGUGACUGACGGUCAGUAUCAAUACCAGAACCUGUUUGAUGCACUUUUGGAUUCAGUUUAUGCUGCUCUUGAGAAGGCAGGAGCAGCUGAUUUGGUGAUUGUUGUGUCUGAGAGUGGGUGGCCAUCUGAAGGAGGCAAUGCAGCAACAGUGGGUAAUGCUGAGACUUACUAUAAGAACUUGAUUGGUCAUGUGAAUCAAGGGAGUCCCAGGAGAGCUGGAAGGGCUAUAGAGGCAUACUUGUUUGCAAUGUUUGAUGAGAACAUGAAAGCCCAAGGAGUUGAGCAACACUUUGGUCUCUUUUUGCCUAAUAGACAGCCCAAAUACCAAAUCAGUUUUGGUUGAGAGUGAGACAUAACGGGGGUCUUAUACUUAAGCUAAAUAAUUGUGCCAAAAGAGUCAGUUGCACUCGAUCACCAGGCACCACUAUGUAAUAUGAUUGUUCGCCUAAUCAAUAAAAGCUUAUCAUCUAGUCUUUAAAAAAUAAAGACAAAAAAAAUUCAUCAUC